UUUUUAACUCCGUUUUUGGUUUUUAUGCUUAGGAGAAAAAGAGUGAGCCCCCUGCUUCUUCCACGCACCUAUUUCUCUCUGCUCUGUUCUACACGCUAACAAUGGAGUUGGAAGCUGAACUGGUAACUGCUAACGAAAGUUCUGCUGAAAAAACAGUAGGACCAUGUGUGGGAGCUUCAAUUUUGGAACCAUAUAUUGGUAUGGAAUUUGAUUCUGAAGCUGAUGCCAAGAACUUUUAUGAUGAAUAUGCAAGACAGGAAGGGUUUAUUGUGCGCAUUGAUAAAUGUCAUCGUUCUGAAAUUGACAACAGAAUUAUUUCUCGUCGUCUUACUUGCAAUAAGGAAGGUUUUCAUGUGAGAGGGAAAAAUGAUAAAGUCAACCCUUAUCGGAAACCACGGGUUAGCAUAAGAGAAGGCUGCGAGGCAAUGAUGAUGGUCAAAGUUAAUAAAUGUGGGAAGUGGGUUGUUACUAAAUUCGUAAAAGAACAUAGUCAUCCACUGAUGGGUUCUGGUGUUCGUUCUUAUCGUACAACAGUAUUACUUCAGGGAGAUAUUCUUGUCGUUGUUAAAAAUUAAAAUUGUGUUUCAACUCGGGGUUGUACAGUUUUACUAGUUUUGGGUGCUAGAACAAUUCACAUGUCAGCUUUUGGAAUACUUAGCGUGAUGCUGACACUAUACCAGUAUACUUAGUGUGUUUUUACCCCAGUCAAUGUCACCUUCAUGUGAAAUUAUGUUCCCUAACCAGUGGUAUAAUAUACUUCUAUGAGCACCAGGAGAUAAAACUGUUUUGUGACAACCCAUAGGUGUGUAUCUGAAUUUCGAAAUAUUGCUGAAUGAGUGUUGUGACCUGGUCUAUAGCUGCUGCAAUUUGCUACUUCUUUUUUAUCCUUUAACCCUUUUGCUUUCCUUUUAUUUUGUCUUAUUUUUCUAGGGUAAAGUAUUAUUUUGGUUUCCAACGUUUGGACCAAAUUCUAAUUUGGUCCUAACUCCUGACGGAAUUUGGUCCUAACUCCUGACGUUUCAAAUGUCCUAUUUCUGUUUCAAAAAGUUUCAAAUGAGUUCAAUGUUAGUUAAAUGUACACGAAUAGUUAACGGAAUGAGUGACGUGAGCGUUAACACCACUAUUGUUAAGUUAUAUCUUCUUUUUUGUGUUAGAGAAAUAUAACCAAAACCUUUUUGUAACACUUCCUCUUUUCAAUCUCCUUGUAAAAAAAAAAUCCCAAAUCCUAUCAAUCAUCAAUGCUCCAGAAUCAAAGGAAAAGCUUUUACGUUGGUAGGUCGAUUUUACUAAAACGUUAUUAGCUCUUAAAUAUGCUAAUUGUUUGUGUCAAAUUUAACAAUAGGACAAUAUUAAAUCUGUUUGAAACUUUUUGGGACUUAAAUAGGACGUUUGAAAUGUUAGGGAUUGAAUUAGAACUUGGCCCAAACGUUGGGUACCAAAAUAAUAUCCAAACCAAGCAGAAGUGUGUUCAGUUGCCCUUGUUGAAGAUUGUCAGUUGUUUGAUAGCUUAGUCUAUAUCAACUGGGUUGAAUAUCUCUGCUUCAUUCUAUAUGAUACAAUAAAAAUUGGCAUGUUCUAUCACCGAGUCUUGGUACGCAUGUAGAAGCCUGAAACAGCCCUAGUGAAAAGAGUUGAUCUAGUCUGGAUUUCGUUGCAUCUUAUGCAUAUUGUUAUAAAUUAUAAUUAUUCUUCCUGUCCUACUUUGUUACAUUUAUCCAUUGUCUGAUGCUAUACUUUUGAUAGAUAUUCUAGGAUUUCUCCUGCAAUCUUGAGGUGCAUUUUGAAAUUGAUGACUGAUAUGGAACUUAUCUUUCUUAGGAAACAAGCUUGAGUUGUUGUGGAAAUAUAAUUUCUGAGAGCGCACCAUAGGCAUGAAUCUAAAUUGAUAUUUGCAUGAUUUUGUGUUGCCAUCUUUUGUCCUACUGCUUCCUUACACAUUUUGAAUUUGUGAGCUUAUGAAAUCUAAAAAUAA